GCAGCCGAACCAGAGGAAAUUAGGGGGAGAAAAGAAAAGUAAAAAAAAGUCUUCUUUCCCUCUUUCUCUGUAAUUCUUUCAAGGAAUUCGAUCGUUCGUAUUUAUACACAACCUUGUAAUUGCUGGGUUGUCUUAAAUUUCUCAUCUUUGUUUGUGGGCUUCAUUCUUUGCCCUUGAAUUCAAUUUGGCAGAUCUGAUUCUUGAACGAUGGCUUCGAAACGGAUCUUGAAGGAGCUAAAGGAUUUGCAGAAAGAUCCCCCCACUUCCUGCAGCGCAGGACCUGUUGGUGAAGACAUGUUUCACUGGCAAGCCACCAUAAUGGGUCCACAAGAUAGUCCGUAUGCAGGAGGGGUGUUUUUAGUCACCAUUCAUUUUCCCCCUGAUUACCCAUUCAAACCUCCAAAGGUAGCAUUCAGGACAAAAGUUUUUCACCCCAAUAUUAACAGCAACGGGAGCAUUUGCCUCGAUAUCUUGAAAGAACAGUGGAGUCCUGCCUUGACAAUUUCUAAGGUGUUGCUCUCAAUCUGUUCACUUUUGACCGACCCUAACCCUGACGACCCUCUGGUGCCUGAAAUCGCGCACAUGUACAAGACAGAUAGGACCAAGUACGAGCAGACUGCUAGGAGCUGGACCCAGAAGUACGCGAUGGGUUAGUCUGAGAUCCCCCCCCCCCCCCCCCCCCCAAUGGCUUAGAUUUGCAAUUAUGUACAAAUUAUAUCCUUCUUGGCUAUGUUCUUGGUUCGGACCCUUGUAAGAAGAGCUUGAAACUGUCGAGCAAUGGUGGUUUGAAUUGUUCAUAUGGAAUGUUUAUUCAUGAAUGACUGGAUUUCGUCAA